GCUCCCGCCGCUGGGGAGGAGGCGGCGGCUGGCCCGGCUUCCCUCGACCGCCCCGCCAGUCCGGGGGUGGCGGGCUGGGAGCCGCGGGCGGCCCCGGAGGACAAUGCACCCCGGCGCUCGGCCACCCCCGCUCGGUCUCGUCCUCGUCCGGCUCCUGCCCGCCUCGCCCAGCAGCGGCCCGGCGCAGCCCCUGUGCCUGCGGGGGGGCGCCCCCCGUGCGGGAGCGGCUCGGGCGACAGAGCGCCAGCGCCAGCCGGGGCGGGGGCGGCGGCUCCCCCGCCAGCAGCAGCAGGCAGCAGCAGUAGCAGCAGCACCGGAGCAGAGCGCGAGGACGACGACGACAGCGUCAGUGUCAGCAAGCCGCUGGUGCCCGCCCGCCGCCGCCGGGAGUCCCGGGGGCCCCCUGGCCGCGGGGGGCGCCCCGACGCGGACCCCGCGCGCGCCGCCUUCUCCGCCGCCACCCCCCUCGUCCACGCCACCUCUCCAGCAGCAUGACUGCGCGGACUUCGGCGGGGGCGCUGCGGCCGGGGGCGUCCGGGGGUGCGGGGGGCCGCGCGGCCGGGGCUGCGGUGCGCACGGGGACAGGCAGCGGCGCCUUCCUGCUGCUCGCGCUGCUGCUGCUGCUGCGGCCGCCCGGCCCGCCGGCCCGCAGAGGUCGGCGCCCGGCUGCGGCCAGAGCGCCGGGUGCGGCUGGGGCUUACCAGGCGCUGUCCGUGGUGCUGCUGCUGGCGCAGGGAGGGCUGCUGGACCGUACACUCAUCGCCGUCACCGACCUGUACUGGUGCUCCUGGAUCGCCACCGACCUGGUCGUGGUGGUGGGCUGGGCCAUCCUUCUUCGCCAAGAACAGCCGGAGCCGUCGGGGCGGCGCGCACAGCCACCCUUCGCACCACCACCACGCCGCCUCCGCCGGGGCCAAGUCUCGCGGGUCCCGCGGGGGCCCCGGGGGCGGCCCGGAGCGGCAGCAGCAGCAGUGGGCGAGUUCGCCCUUCGCCUACCUGGCCUGGCUCAUCUACUCCAUCGCCUUCACGCCCAAGGUGUGCUCAUCCUGGGCACGUCAUCAUCCUCGACCUCAUCGAGCUGCGCGCGCCUUUCGGCACCACGGGCUUCCGCCUCACCAUGGCGCUGUCGGUGCCUCUGCUCUACAGCCUGGUGCGGGCCAUCAGCGAGGCGGGCGCCCCGCCGGGCUCCACGGGCCCCCUGGUCCUGCAGCCCCAGCAGCACCGCGCCGCCGGCUGCUUCCUGGGCACGUGCCUGGACCUGCUAGACAGCUUCACCCUGGUGGAGCUGAUGCUGGAGGGCCGCGUGCCGCUGCCCGCGCACCUGCGCUACCUGCUCAUCGCCGUCUACUUCCUCACCCUCUCCUCGCCCGUGCUCUGGCUCUACGAGCUCAACGUCGCCUGGUGCCAUGCCCCGGGCCGCGCUGCUGCGGCCGCCUCCUGCGCCUGCUGGGGCGGCUGCCUGGUGGACGUGCCCCUGCUGGCGCUGCGCUGCCUGCUGGUGGUGAGCUCGCAGCCCCUCUCCAUUUUCAUGCUCAAGAACCUCUUCUUCCUCGGAUGCCGGGGCCUGGAGGCCCUAGAGGGCUGCUGGGACUCGGGGAGCCGGGCACCCCCCAGUCGGGCCCGAGGGGGCUGUGGCCCCCCGCCCUCCGCGCCGCCGCCCCCGCCGCAGCCUCAGGGGGGCUCCCGGCUGAGCCACUGCGUCUCCGAGGACGAAGGGGGGGCCCAUGGCUAUGUCAACACCCUCGCCGUGGCCUCCCAGAGUUGAGCGGAACAAGGGGGCUCUCGCUUUUUCCCUCGAGAGACCUCUGCUCCCUUGUCCUCUGACCUUCUCUCACGCAGAGGACACGAAGCUCUGUCUGGAAGAGGUCCACCCUGGUAGGGC